AUUCAAUUUUAGCUUGGGUUUGAGGCGAGAGCGUGUUUUAUUUACGGCUUCAAUUAAGGCACAUUUGUUUCCGGUCGCGGGCGGUUGCUUCGAUUCGUUUAUAUAAGCCAGAAUUUUGUCAAGAUGUUAUUCGCACGCUUGACGCGCACUCAAAUAUUCACGAUGGGUAUUGCCGGUCUUGCGGUGGUGGCCCUCACAGUAAUUGCCAUUAGUGUGGUGAAGUCCUCGCAGGACGUGUCGUCCACCAAGCUGCGCAGCAAGUGCUUCAAAACGCGCCCCAACACCACCCAGUCCACGCUGGAACUGGUCCACAUUGUGUUCCGCCAUGGGAUACGCACGCCCGUGGAUACAUAUCGGACCGAUCCGUAUUUAAGAGACGGAUUCCAGCCCACUGGUUGGGGACAUGUGACAAAUAAAGGCAAGCGAGAGCUGUUUGAGUUGGGCCGAUGGCUUCGGUACCGCUAUGGCGAUUUCUUAGGACCUUAUUACAAGCCAGAUCAUCUGCAUGCCCAGGCAACCGCCUCGCCACGAGCUCUCAUGUCCUUGCAAACAGUUCUGGCGAGCCUCUUCCCGCCCAAAGGAACGCCCAUGGAGUGGGACAAGCAGUUCAAUUGGCAGCCCAUUCCAAUUCUUUCGGAACCUCUUGACCAGGACUCGCUGCUGCUGGUCCGUACACCGUGCCCCCGAUAUUUUGAGGCGCGCGAGGAGGUAUUCAAGCGUGCUGAAGUGCUCGCCGAGCUAGAGCCCUACCAGCAAAUGUUCAGAGAACUCACUAACCUGACGGGCAUGCCCGUGGGUAGUGCUGAGGAUGUCAACUCGCUGUACAUUACCCUGCUGGCCGAGCAGGAGUUUGGCUACAAGCUGCCUGAAUGGACCAAGAAAUACUUUCCCGAGCGCAUGCAGUUUUUGGCCGAGCAAAGCUAUGUAUACAACGCCUACACGCCUGAGAUGCAGAAGAUCAAGGGUGGUCCCUUCUUGCGCAAAAUGUACGACGAGAUGGUGGCCAAGCGCGCAGGCACUCUGGCGCCUAAGGAUCGUGGCAUGUUCAUCUACACCGGACACGACUGGACUGUGGGCAAUAUUUUGUCAGCCCUGGGCCUGUGGCGCCGCCAAAUGCCGCGAUUCGCUGUGAUGGCCAUAUUCGAGACGCACAAAAACAUCGCGACAGGCGAGCAUUAUGUGGAGAUCUAUCUACGCAAUGACGAGUUCGGGUGUCUGGAGCAACUGAAGCUCCCCAACUGCACAGCGCAGUGCCCGCUCAGCCGUUUAAUUGAGCUCAGUGACGAUGUGCUGCCCAACGAGUCGUAUGAGCAGCGCUGUCGAGCGCACGGCGCUAAUUUUGUGGAACCGCCGCCGCGUCCAAUCGAUCAAAAUGGCGGCGUGCGCUGAUUGCAUUAUACUCGUAUUCAGUUUACUUCAGCAGUAUUAAACCAGCAGUAUGCCUCGGUGGCAGUUCAUAGAAGAAUCACAAAUAAAAUUAACAGACCUAAACUCAACAAA